AUGGCUGAAACACCAAAAUUUCAUCCAGCUCUUACCAUUACUAAUGUGAAAUCUCUCAUUCCUAUCACACUAGACAAUGAACAAUCUCUUUAUCACUCUUGGGCUACCCUAUUUACAAAUCUUGUUAGGGUCCAUGAUUUGUAUGAACAUUUGGUUCCCCCUACGAAAGAAAUAGCAAAAGCUGCAUUUCAGGCUAACAAAUCGGCCGACCUUGCUUUCUGGAAUCGUCUUGAUGCGGUGGUGUUGCAAUGGAUAUAUGGUACGGUAUCCAAAGACCUCCUUAAUGCUAUUCUCCGUCGUAAUGACACGGCCGAAGGAGCAUGGAAAAGACUUGAAGCUUUAUUCCAAGAUAACAAGGCUUCUCGUGCUACUCAUCUUGAAGAAGAUUUUGCUAAUGCUGAUUUUGAGUCUUUCGACUCCAUUGAUAAUUUCUGUAACCACCUUCAAUCUCUCGCGGAUCGGCUCGCGGAUGUUGAUGCUCCCGUUACAAAUGGUCGACUUGUCCUUCGACUCACUGGGUCUUUACCAGAAGCUUAUAGUGGUACGGUGGAUUAUAUUCAAAAUCAAGACCCCUUACCAUCGUUCGAGAAUUGUCGAUCUCGAUUGAAAAUGGCCGAGCGCACCAUUAAAGCACGGCUUGCUCGUGAGGCAGGAGGUUCUCGGGGUUCCUCGGCGAUGAUGGCUGCUUCUGAAUGA